CGGAAAGACAAUCCAGGACAUCCCCACCUAAUCGAAAGCAAAUAUGUCAUCAGAAGACUCUAAAGCUAUCGUCAAAGCUCUAGAGAGUGUUCUGACUCAAUUGAGCGAGCACCCUUACCCUCAUGUCCCCAGUCCUGAAGGCACCAGGAAACGAGCCAGCGUCGCUGCCAUAAUACGAGUCCGUCCGCCCUUUACCCCUGUUCCACCGUCACAUGGCUCAGUCAUUGCAGUAGAUCAGCCUGCCUCCCCUCCGUCGACGAUAAAAGACUUCUUCUCGCAAGAGUGGGUUCAGGAAGGUGACCCGGAACUCCUCUUCAUCAAACGCGCAGGACGCGCAGGAGAUAGAUGGUCAGGACACACGGCCCUCCCUGGCGGGAAGCGAGACCCGGAAGAUGCAGACGACCUAGCCGCGGCUAUCCGCGAGACAAGAGAAGAGAUAGGUCUAGACCUUGAAACGGCACAAUGCCUUCACACAGGAAAUCUACCGGAGAGGUUGGUGUCGACCUCUUGGGGGAAGGAGGUCCUGAUGGUCCUAUGCCCCUACAUCUUUCUCCUGACCGGUAAAACGGUCCCUGCGAUCCAACCGCAGCCGACCGAAGUAGCCUCAGUACACUGGGUGUCACUCCGGGCAUUACUAUCGCCUACAUUACGCACUAGAGAAUCUGUGGAUAUCUCGAGCAGAAUGGCUAAACAUGUUGGGCCUGUCAUCCACAAAUUGAUCCGCUGGACCAUGGGAAAGAUGAUGUUCAGCGCUGUCAGGCUUCUGCCCACAGAGUCAAUAUAUGCCAGUUCCAUCCCUGGCUUCAUACCGGCAGAGGGCGGUGAUCAUCUGUCAACUAUAUCCGGCUGGGCACAGGCACCAUUUGGAGUUCCUUCAUCCUCGCAGUCCUUAAGCUACCAACAACCCAUUUUGCUCUGGGGCUUGACUCUCGGUGUCUUGGCUGACUUCCUCGACAUGCUCCCGCCAUACAAUGCUGUCAAGCUGUGGAAAUACCCUACCUUUACCGUUCCGGACCUUCGCCUCCUAGUCUGGAUCAUGACUCGCUCCUUCAGAGAGAACUCGGCGGAGACGUUCUCUUCAGGAUCUUGGCCAAGUCAAAGGCGGCCGAGUCAGACAGCCAUGGAUGCAACAACGCAGGCGACAGCUAUACUUACUUCAGAACCUCCCAAUGUCACCGAGGCGGAACCCUUGGAGCUAGGAAAGCACAAGUCUUUCGACAAGAAUCGUGUCGGCAUUGGCGGCCUUGGGGUGGGGAAGGAUCCACACCAUGCGGUUGGCAAGCUACUACAUGGUUACUAUGAGCGUGUCAAUGUGGCGAUCGCUGUUUUCCUAACAUAUCGCGCGCUGGCUACAACAGGUUUUGCAAUUUGGGCGUACAAGCUCUGGAAGCGGCGGACUGGUGCAAAUUUGUGACCCGAUACCUAUGUUUGGCGCAGAGUACCACAUCUUGCUCAAUGUGUAAACGUCGCCACUUGCAUAAUGCACAUAGCGCUCGCCAUCGGCAUCGGAAUGGGGUUAUGGGUCGUUCAGGGCCUCUCGCUUUUAGACAGGGUCAUGUUGUCCAGCCAUUUCAGUGCACGGCCCUUUGGUGGCACGACUGAAGUGAUGUGGGGUUGUACUUGAAAGUGAUAGUGUACACAGGAGAGAUCUUCUCCAUUGUUCCGUUGAUGUCGUGUUUGAGUUCGAGUAAACUGGUGUGUGGGGCCCUGCCGCCGUAUGUCUUGGACGAUCGAUAAAGUACAUUCGUUACAUAUAGGGUGGACCUUGGUAGGAUCCAUGGCAAGAUGGACAGAUUUGACAGAAG